GCUGCGGUCUUAAACAAGAGUCUGGUGUGUAGGUCAUAGGCGUAGGAACCAGGGGGGCAAGGGGGGCAGUUGCCCCCCUCAGCCAAAUAUUUUGCUUUUCGCCCCCCUUAGCCAGCACUGCUCUCUAAUUGAAAAAAUAUUGUGAGCAUGUGGCAAAAAUAACAAUGUAUCAGGCCAAGAUUACUUUUUCAAGUCUGUCUGACAGUAGUACUACCAGUGCUUCUUUGGAUCAAGCAGAGUCUGAAGCUUCGAGUACCCAAGCUGCUUGCAAUUGCCAGGGGUGUAAAGACAUUAACAUUCCUUUUCAACCUCAGCUAUCAGCUGUGAAGGAUGAGAGACCUAUUUUGACGAGAUGGUAUGAGCUCUACCCAUGGAUAACUGUGUGUUCAGAAAAUAGGAAAAUAUUUUGCUAUUUGUGCAGAGCUGCUAAGGCAAACAAUUUGCUGAGUGUGACUCCUACAAGGAAGUAUCAGCCAGCAUUCGUGGAAGAUGGUUUCAACAAUUUUAAGAAAGCCAUAGACAGGUUUCGUGCUCACGAAGAUAGUAACAUGCAUAAAGAAGUUGUGCUGAAGAGAUCUACAGGUGUGAGGGUAGACACUCUGCUGAGCACACAGCUUGCAACUGAUCAACUUUAUCAUAGAACAAUGCUUAUGAAACUACUCUCUACCAUUAAGUUCCUUGUAAGACAAGGAUUGCCUCUUCGUGGAAAACAUGACGGUGAUGAUCCUGAAGGAAAUCUAGCCCAACUUCUUCUACUUAGGGCUGAAGAAGAUAAAAAAAUGCUGAGAUGGCUUAAACAGCGUGAUUAUCUUUCGCCCGAGAUUGUGAAUGAAAUUAUUACCAAAAUGGGGCAGUUUGUACUUAGAGAUAUACUGUCACAUGUGAAAGAGAGUCGUUUUUAUUCAAUCUUAGCUGAUGAAGCCACUGACGUAUCCCACCAAGAGCAAAUGUGUCUCUCUGUUCGCUGGAUUGAUGAAGAUCUAAAUGUUCAUGAAGAUGGAUUAGGAUUGUUUCAAUUACCUGAUACUAAAGCCUGUACUGUUUUCUCUGCUAUCAAGGACAUUCUAAUUAGAUGUACCUUACCUUUGUGUUCAAUACGAGGUCAAGCAUACGACGGUGCUUCUACAAUGAGUGGGAUAAGAAAUGGUGUACAAGCCCUAAUGAAAUCUGAAGUUCCUGAGGCAUUGUAUGUUCAUUGCUUAGCUCAUAAUCUUAAUCUCGUCCUCAAAGAUGUUACAAACAAAUCUGAACUGGUCAGGAAUGUAAUGGAUUUCAUAUACAAUCUUGUACAGCUCAUACGCUUUUCUCCCAAGCGGCUAUCCUUGUUCGAUUCACUCCGUAAAGAUAUUGCUCUACAAGGAGAUGGGAGUACUCCAUCACUGAGAGUGCUUUGUCCCACACGCUGGACUGUUCGUCAUACUGCUAUAAAUUCUAUCUUGAGAAAUUAUCAGGUGUUGAUUGAUGCUUUGGAAAUUAUUCAGAAAGGCCAUGAUGAGUACGCAGCAAAAGCCAACGGUCUACUUGGGCGUAUGGAAUGCUUUGACACGUACUUUGCACUGAAACUUGCUUACUUGGUAUUUUCUGCUUCUGAGCAGUUGUCCAUUAACUUGCAAGCAGUGGACCUAACAAUUCAGGAAGCAACUACAGGUGCUAGUCUACUUGCAUCCCACCUAAAAGCUCUUCGGACUGAAUCUAAAUUUGAUCAGUUUUAUAGUUCAGUAUGUGAGGAAAGCAAGCAUUUCACUGAAGAGCCCAAAUUGCCUCGCCAAAGGAAAUUACCCAAGAGGUAUAAUACUGGAAGUACUGCACACCAAUACACAGACCCUAAGUCAAGGUUUAGACGUGCGUAUUAUGAAGUACUAGAACUUGCUGGAGGUGAGAUCGAUAGAAGAUUUGAUCAGAAAGAUAUGAAAAUUAUAAAAGAAAUUGAAAUACUCCUGCUGAAUGCUGCAAAUGGAAGACCAUAUGAUAUUGAGAUCCUUCCUCCCUCCGUAAAAAGUUUCCUUGAGAAGGACUUUGAUUUGAAACGUUUGUGUACACAUCUUGCACUAGUUGCUGAUAUGGUUAAGCAAGCUACUCCACAAGUAACAACUGUGACAAAUAUAAGGACUAUAGCUCAAGCGAUUAAUAGCAAUCAUAUUUACAAGAAAAUGCUGUCUGAAGUGUUUAUGCUACUCUCAUUGUACUUUACCUUCCCUGUAACAACAGCUUCAGCCGAAAGAUCGUUUUCAGCACUGCGAAGGCUCAAAACAUUCUUGAGGAGCACAAUGACUGAAUGUAGACUUAACAAUCUUUUUUUGCUUUAUGUACACAAACAUAGGACAGACAGGAUAGAUUUAUUAGCUAUAGCGAAGGAUUUUAUUUCUGUUAAUUCUAGAAGACAAAGAUAUUUUGGAGAAUUUUAAAUUG